AUGAAACGCGACGCGUACGGUGACGAUGGUCCGAUGCAGAAGAGACAGCGGCACAGCGACGAUGAAGUUACCUUCCUUAUACCGAGCAAGGUGGCUGGGUCGAUUAUUGGGAAAGGAGGCGCUAACAUAUCCAAGCUGAGGAAUGAGUACAAAGCCUCUAUAACAGUCCCAGAUUGCCCUGGCCCCGAACGAGUUCUCUCCAUAACGGCCUCGGAUAUCGACACUAUUAUGGAAAUUGUGAAAGAGAUACUGCCCAACCUGGCUGACGCGUCUGGCCCAGGUUCAGGGUCGAAGCACGGAGGUAGUAGUGAAGACUUGGAUGUACGUCUGUUGAUACACCAAAGCCGAGCUGGUUGUGUUAUUGGGAAGGCUGGGGCGAAGAUCAAGGAACUCAGAGAGAAAACUGGCUCCAGAUUGAAGAUCUUCUCCAACACGGCGCCCCAGAGUACGGAGCGCGUGGUGCAGCUCGUGGGGUCCGCUGGCUCCGUGGCUGACGGGGUGAGGGAGGUGCUGCAUCUGGUGAGGCAGGUGCCGAUCAAGGGAGCCGUGCAGAACUACGAUCCACAUAAUUAUGAUGAUUUCUAUGCGGAUGAAUACGGAGGAUUCGGCAGUGGGCAGGGGCCUCGUGGAGGAGGGCCCCGGGGAGGACCGCCGCGGGGCCCUCCGCGAGGACCUCCGGGACCUAUGGGACCGGGAGGACGUCCACCACCACCCAGAGGAGGCCCUCCGAUCGGUCGCAACGGGCCCCCCAGACCUUUCAACGACUUCUCAGGCCCGGGGCCCCGUGGUAACUUCAACGGACCCCCUCGUGGGAACUUUGGUGGCGGCGGUGGUGGAGGUGGUAGCGGCAACUUCGGUGGUAACUUCGGCGGCAGCAACCGCUCGUCAUCAGGAGGAAACUUCAACAGCAACGGAGGAAACCAACAGGAGACUACCACACAAGUUACCAUACCUAAAGAUCUCGCGGGCGCCAUCAUUGGCAAAGCGGGGUCCCGCAUACGGAAGAUCCGCGCGGAGAGCGGCGCCGGGAUAGAGAUCGCCGAGCCGCUGCCCGGAGCCGCCGAUAGGAUCAUAACUAUCACCGGCACGCCGCCCCGCAUACAGAAGGCGCAGUACCUGCUGCAACAGAGUUCGAUUAGUGUUUAUACACAAACAGACAUACCUACAAAUAGAGUCAUAGCGUAA